AUGGCAGACGAACAGGCUGUGGAACUAGACGACCCCGAUCCUGCAUUAGUGGUUGGGAGCGUUGUUGCUGGUUGGGUCAACAAAACUCAGGGAGGCUCUAACGAGACCUUUUUCCAAGAGGUCAAGAAGGAAAUUGGGAGCGGAGAUCCUAAGCAGAUUGUGGAAGGGAUUAAAAAGCUGUUCCCGGAAAUGCAGGCUUUCACUAACCCCGUCGACGAAUCUCAAGGCAGCGAGCAUGUCUCCCGACGAGACGUCUUCGGCUGGCUUGACAAGGCCGUCAAAGACAGCUUCAAGUGGGUCGAGCAGGCAGGGAAAGACGUCGGCAAGUACUACACGGACGCUGCGGAGAAAAUCGGGCGCGGGGAUGCCGGGGGAAUCGCGGACGGGCUCACAGACCUGUUUCCGGGCACGGCAUUGAUUAAGGGCAUCGGCAAGAACCUCAAAAGCCAGUGCAGGCGGGGAGUGCGCGCGCGCGUGCUCGAAAGCAAGGGCCCAUCUUGCUCUGAAAUCAUUCUGGCCAAGCUCGCGGUAAGCGGCCCCCGAGUAUUCUGA